UUAAAUCAAUACUUCGGUCAUGCGUCGCAGACCCAUAUUGUUAGUAGCGUGGAGUAUAAUUUUCCUUUAUUUGUUAUGAGAAUGUAAUAUUAUGUUACUACGGUAUUAAUAAUGAAUAGAUUGUGUAAAUGGCUACUGACGGUGAGGAUGGAAGUCUUUUUGAUCUGGACACAGUGCGGUCAUUACAUAAGACAGUAAUAGCAUUGAGAACAGCUCUUGAACGAUCAAAAGCUGAACUGGAAUUAGUCAGGAAAUCCUGUAGCGCCAUGGAUGAUAAAAAGAUUGUAUGUCAAAAUUCUGAAGAAACUGAUGAAAUUGAGUUAAUAUUUACAACAGAUGACACUGUAAAUGUGUCACCCAAUGAAGAUCUUGUUUCUUUCGAUAAUGUAUUGGAGACAGAUAUUUCAAAGUGUGGAGCAAAUUCCAAAGAAAUGACCAAUACGAAAUAUCUUAGCCCUUUAAGGCCAAUUUUAAAAGAUAUUACUCUAAAAACACAAGAAGUUGAAGCACAAACAGAUAUUACAGCUUUACCUUUGCAAUGGCGUUCUGAAGGAUUUUUAAUUAAUCAAACAAAAACUACAUCACCAAACACAACACUACCAUCAAAAUUUAUUGUACCAGCAGAUAAAAAUACAAGAAAACAAUGUUUGCGUGUGUCCAAAAAAACAACAGAAUCAAGAAGGGUUAUGUUGUCAGAUAUUAAUUUUACAAGUAUGGUACCUGAGUUAUCAAGAAGUGUAGACCAUUUAUGUAGACAACCUGGACCAAUUAGUCGUGAACCAUCAAGAUCUAAAUUUCCAAGAAGUCCUGGUUAUUAUUCAGUUGGUUCAUCAUCUUCACGGUAUGAUUUUGGUUCAGUAUUUUCAGUACAUUCAUCAUGUUACCGAUGCCAAGUAAGACCAUCAGUAAUGUCAUUGGAAGCACGCCAUAAUGCUUCAUGGUCAUCUGUACCAUCUUCACCUACUAAAUGUAGACGUUCAGCUAGUGUACCAUGUGAACCAUGUGCAUCCUUACAAGAUGUAAAAUAUUCAUCUACUGCUACAUUAAAAGCAGAAGAUGAAAUACCAAAAAAAAUAAAAAAUAGAGUAUCAUUUAAAGAAUUGGGUAAAGUGCGUUUAUCGAUGCCAGAUUUAAGAAAAUCUGAAGGUGAUUCAACUGAUUCACUUAUAGAAGAAUCUGAAUGUACUGUACGUAAUGCAAUAGAUUCUCUUAUCACUGGAUGCCCUACAUAUGUAAAGGAAUGCAAAAAGCACAGACGUUAUUCAGAACCGUAUCACAAUAAUAUAGAAUGUUGUUCAAUGUCUAUGCAUGGUAAACCUUAUUUGCCUAAAUCCAUUUAUGAUCUUCAACUGAAUGCUUUAGUCAAAGUGAUAACUAACUUUGGUAAAGUAGUAGGCGGACGAUUACGAUACAUAGGUCAUGUGGCUAAUAACACUGAGCCACUAGUAGGAGUUCAAUUUGAUCAUAAAAUUGGAGACUGUGAUGGAUCAUUAAAUGGGAUAAGAUAUUUUGAAUGUGGAAUUAAUAAUGGUCAAUUUGUUCCAUUCCAAAAAAUUGUUAUGGCUUGGAGAGAUAUUUAAAAACGGCGUUCUAUGAAUAGGAAAAUUGUAUUCUAUGUUUUUUAAUCAAUAAUAAUUAUUCAAUUAAUUCUUGUUGUGCAUUUACUAUAAUCAAAACUAAAUUAUAUCAUUAUUAGUGAAUUUACUGUUAAUAUUAAAUAAUAAUUAUUGUACCAUU